AUGCACUUCUUCAACAUUUUUUCUCUUUUCAUUUUUGUGUCUUUCCUCUUUUUGUUAAUCAAAUAUUGGAAGAAUUCCAAUGACCAAAUUAGAAAAAAAUUGCCUCCUGGUCCAUGGAAAUUACCCUUACUUGGAAACAUAGUUCAUUUGUUAGGUGGAUCUCCACAUCGUGUCCUUAGAGAUUUAGCUAAAAAAUAUGGUUCAAUUAUGCACCUUCAAUUAGGUGAAGUUUCUCUAGUUGUUGUUACUUCUCCUGACAUGGCUAAAGAAGUGCUAAAAACUCAUGACAUCGCUUUUGCAUCUAGGCCAAUGCUUAUAGCCGCUAAGAUUGUUUGUUAUAAUGGGAGCGAUAUUGUUUUUUCUCCUUAUGGUGAUUACUGGAGACAAAUGCGUAAAAUUUGCAUCAUGGAAUUGCUUAGUGCCAAAAAUGUCAAGUCAUUCAGCUCUAUUAGGCAAGAUGAAGUUCUUCGUAUGAUUGAAUUUUUUCGAUCAUCUUCUGGUGAGACAGUUAAUGCCACAAGAAGGAUUUUUCAAUUCGCGAGCUCUAUGACUUGUAGAUCAGCAUUUGGGAAAGUAUUCAAAGAGCAAGACGAACUUAUACAAUUGGUCAAAAGGGUGUCACGCUUAACGGAAGGAUUUGAUGUGGCUGAUAUAUUCCCAUCACUAAAAUUUCUUCAUGUGUUAUGUGGAAUGAAGAGUAAAAUCAUGGAUGUCCACCAUGAAUUAGAUGUCAUUCUUGAAAACAUCAUCAAUGAGCACAAGAACAAUGGUGAAUUAGGAGGUGAAGGUUUAGUUUCCACAUUGCUAAGACUAAUGAAAGAGGGGGGCCUUCAAUUUCCCAUCACCAAUGACAACAUCAAAGCUAUUAUUUUUGAUAUAUUUGCCGCGGGAACAGAAACUUCUUCAGCAACAAUUGAUUGGAUCAUGGUGGAAAUGAUGAGGAAUCCAAAUGUACUCUCCAAAGCUCAAGAAGAGGUAAGAAACGCGUUCAAAGGUAAAGAAACAUUUGAUGAAAAUGAUAUCGAAGAAUUGAAAUACCUAAAGUUGGUGGUUAAAGAAAGUUUCAGACUACAUCCUCCAUUUCCCCUUUUGCUCCCAAGGGAAUGUAGGGAAGAAGUAGAAAUAAAUGGAUACACUAUUCCUUUGAAAACAAAAGUUAUGGUUAAUGCAUGGGCUAUUGGAAGAGAUCCUAAAUAUUGGGAUGACGCAGAAAGCUUUAAACCUGAAAGAUUUGAGGAUAACUCUAUGGAUUUUAUUGGUAACAACUUUGAGUAUCUUCCCUUCGGUAGUGGAAGAAGGAAUUGUCCUGGAAUAUCAUUUGGCUUAGCUAAUGUAUAUUUUCCACUGGCUCAAUUAUUGUAUCACUUUGACUGGAAACUUCCUAAUGGGAUCAAUUCAAGUGAAUUGGACUUAACUGAGUCUGCUGGAUCAACAUGUGCUAGAAAAAUUAACUUAUACUUGAUCGCCACUCCUUAUCAAUAGCUAGCCAACAACUAACAACCUUCAAACUUCUCAAUCCAAAAUUUCCUAUUUGAUCUUGUUAUGAUGUUUCAUAAAUCAUGAUCAAGCUCUUUUUUAUAAUUAGUUGAAGAAGGAGGUUUUGAUUUAUGUCCUCCUCCUAUAUAUACUGAUUAUUUAUUAAUUAAUAAAAUAAGGUUCA